AAGACCGGCGAGGGGGGCGAGGGCCAGGAGGGCAACUUCCCGAUGCUGGUGGGCAGAGAUUCUAAGACGAAGCUGCCCUACUCGACAGCGAUCCCGGGCAAGAAGGUCACCAAUUUCAUGAUUAAGAUUCAGAUGAGCUUCACCCUGCACCUCGGCUACCGCAGGCUGAUCUUCCAGAGCGACGGGGGGCCCGCGAUCGUGGCACUCAAGACGGCGGUCGCAGUGGCGACGCCGACGGUGGAGUUCCUGCCUCGAGAAUCGCCGGCAGGAGAGCACCAGAGCAACGGGGGCAUCGAGGUUACCGUGCGAGAGGUCAAGAGGCAGGUCAGGGCGACCAGGUACGCGCUGGAGGCCAAGCUCGGCAGGAAAGUGGAUGAUGACCACCCGAUCUUGAAGUGGCUGCCCCAGUGCGCCGCGGCCUGCAUUGGCCGGCACCGACGCGGAACCGAUGGCCUCGCUGGAGAACAGCGGCGCUCAGGCCGCGACUGGAAGAAGCUGGAAGCAGAGUUCGGCGAGCGGGUGAUGUACAGGCCGCUCGCGCCAGGAGGUCGUGGGAGUACCAUGGAGGAGCGCGUGAAGUCCGGGAACUUCCUGGGCUACCACAUGCGGACGGGGGCCCUGCUCGUCAUGGCGGUUGACGGCGUAGAGAAGGCCCAAGGUUUCAAGAUAUUGCCGAAGGAGCAGGCCUGGGGCGGCAUGGACUGGGCAGCUCUUCGAGGAGUUCCCUGGGCGACUCGCCCGGAGGAGCAGGCGCCGGCUCUGGCGAGAGCGCCGGUGGCGGCUACCGUUCGGAUGGAGCCGCGAGCCCCGCGAGCGAGGUACGUCCUGCGCCGCGACAUCGAGAAGUAUGGUGCCACUGCGGGCUGUCCAGGAUGCCUGGAGCUGACGCAGAAGGGCAAGAUCACGAAAUCCCACAGCGACGAGUGCCGCGACAGGAUCGCAGAGCUGAUGAUGGGUAACGAUGAAGUUCGAGUACGACCGGAGACCAAGCAGCACGCGGUCGAGGUGUUCGAGGUCGAGAAGCAGCUGGAGGAGACCAAGCUGCCUUACCGCCGCCCGCUGGGGACGGCGAUCGAGCUCCUGCCCCAGAGCAGAGGGGCGCCGAGAUGGCGGUGGUGCCGGCCGGAGGCGGUGGAAGCGAACCGAGCGCUGUCAGGAAGCGCCGAGGAGACGCACCCGACCCUGGACGAGCUACCCGGGUACGAGGCGAUGCGAGAGGAAGCUCAGCACCUGCAACUGCUGAUGCUCGGCUCGCGCUCAGGCGAGCAGACGCAGCGAUGUCCCAGGCAGCGUCAUCAACGGUUCAACUGCUACGACAAAGGCCGCGCGUUUGUCGUGAUUUGCGAGCUGGUGAUGUUCGAGAUGCGGACGAACGCCAACGUGAACGACGCAGAGCAGGUGGAGGAGAUCGCGCCACUUCUUACCGAGAUUUGCGCAUGGAAGCUAUUUCUUUACGAAGCACCUUGGUCAGCGAGUAGCUGGUACCGCCCAAGCGUGCAGGAGGUCAUGCAGUUGGCAGGCGUAUUCCUAGUCCAUGGACCUAUUUGCCGUUGGCACAUGCAGUCGACCGACUCCCACGGAAAGUGGGGCUUCGUUCGGAAGGAGACCGGGUGGCUCACUAAUGGCGAGCUGCUCGCCGAGAUCCUCGAAGGCUACUGCCGGUGCCCCAGGGGUCCGAACGGAGAACUCGCUCGCCAUGUUCAUUUGGUUGACGGACGCGCCAAACGUGCACGCCGAUGCCCUCCGAGCUUGGUGACAGCUAUUCUCAAAGGGCUACGAGAGGAGCUUCGACGACGUGAAGGGCUUAACCUACUUGCAGCUCUUUGUGGAGGACCACGCCCACAUGAAGAAGACACUGAGGUGUUCGCUGAGUACCAGGACCACUACUUCAUCGACGAUCUCACGGGCGAGAUUUUGGACUCCGAGGGUGCGCGAGCCGCGAGGCAGGAAGAACUGGAUUGGUGCCGCGGGGGGCAGGUAUGGAAGAAGGUACCUAGACGCGAGAUGCUCGAGAACGACAAGAACGCAGUGACCUUGCAGUGGAUCGACACGAACAAGGGCGACCGAACUCAACCACGGUAUCGCUCGAGGCUGGUCGCGAGGGAGAUUAAGAAAGCUAUGAGGUCCGAAGAUCGACCAGAUCAAGCUGAACUAUUCUCGGCCAUGCCACCGCUGGAAGCGUUCAAGGCGAUGGUGACCAUCUGUGUCGGCCGCGUGAAUGACGCCUACCACGACGGCGACGCAGAGGAAAUCAUUUACAAGUUUUACGACAUCUCGAGGGCGCACUUCUAUGGAGAUGUGAAUCGCGAAGUGUAUGUAGAGUUACCCGAGGAGGAGACCUACGACGAUCCGGAACCCAUGGUGGGCAGGCUACUCAAGACUAUGUAUGGCACAGUGGAUGCAUAUCAUGUGUGGCAAGACGACUACAUCGGCCUGACAAGCUCGCACGGCUUCGUGAAGGGCGUCUCGAAUCCAGCGCUGCUGUACCGCGCCGAGCGUCAUAUACAAGCGGAGGUCCACAGCGACGACUUUGGUGUGAUUAUGCGCAAGUCCCAGGAGGGGUGGUUCGAGGACGUGCUUUCGCGCUACGACUUUAAGGUCGCGGGUAUUAUGAGCAGCAGGCCCCUGCAGGAACAGAGCGUGGUCUAUCUCAACCGGCGCUCGGCCUACCUCGAAGCGGACGCCCGGCACGUGAAGAAGGUGAUCAGGGACCUGGGCUUGGGGAACGCGAAGGAGGUGACGACCCCGGCUGUCAAGAGGUCUGUCGCGGAGAUCCUGAGUAGCAACCAGACCUCGCCGAAGUCGGACGACGAGAAGGUGAAGACCUACCGCAGCGUGACCAUGCGGAUCAUGUGCCUGGGUCUGGACCGGCCCGACAUCAGCUACAGCGCGAGUAUGCAGGCUAGACGCAUGAAGGAGCCGAAGGAGACGCGCGUGGAGGAUUUGAAGCGCAUCGGCCGCUACUUGAAGAAGCACCGCGCUGGAAGGUUGCUGUUUCCCGCUCAGCGGCUGCCUAGGAAGGCUUGCGUCUACUGCGACAGCGACUACGCGGGUGAUUCGAUCACGAGGCGUUCCCGAAGUGGGAUGGCCAUUCUGUGGGGAACGCAUCUGCUGAAACAUGGCAGCGCGGUCCAGUCCGCGGUGAGUUUGAGCAGCGGCGAGGCCGAGUACUACGCGCUACUGCGUGGAGCCUGCCACGGUUUUGGAGUACAGGCCACUUCGGCCGACCUUGGAGUCGAGGUUGACUACGAGAUGGAGCUUUACAUCUUCAGCGAUAGGUCAGCCGCGAGAGGACUUGCACGCCGACAGGGACUGGGGGCUGUUCGACACUUGGAUGUUCAAUUUCUGUGGUUGCAAGAACGUAUUCAGAAUACAAGGUUGUUGCUGAAGACGGUCGAUGGGCACUGGAACCCGGCGGACUUGUUCACGAAGGCCCUCGACCAAGACACGAUGGAGCGGUUGGUGAAGUUGAUCUGCUUCGCGAUGAAGUUCGACGGUAACGUGAGGCACCGUGUGCUGUGA